GAAUGAGUUUCCAAAUUUUUCAUAUUUUUCUAAUAUUGCAAUAGAUCAAAAACAAACAUGGCGCGAAUGCCAUUAGGCCCUGGUCCCGGCGCUUAUGCGUUGCCGCCAACUGUCGGCUAUGAGCGUCACGAUAACCGUAAACAACGCAUGCCCCAAUACUCCUUUGGGGCGCGCACCGCCAUGUUCGGUCCAGAUCCUGGACCAGGACCAGGGGCCUAUCAGGUAGACAAGCUUACCCGUCAUGGAACAAAUGGUGCCGCUCAAUAUUCAAUAGCCCCAAUGACAAAAAUAAUUGAUAAAAGAGUUGGACCCGGACCUGGUGCUCACGAUGUUCAUAUAAAACCGUUUUUUAAGGGCGUAAAUGCGCCAGAGUAUUCCAUGGCCCCACGGAAUGACUAUAGUUUUAAGAAGUAUGGACCCGGCCCAAGUGCUUACAAGUUUGAGAUUAGUCCUAUAAAACCUGCAGCACCAGCUUAUAGCAUGGGUAUUCAAGGCAAGAUGCUUAAGAAGGCCGAUUCGCCUGGACCUGCUGCUUAUGGUGCAGGCGAUAUAAAUAUCAAAUUAAACCGUGCGCCUCAAUACUCGAUGAGGCCGAUUUGUAAUAUGAGACGAGAAAACGUGGGUCCAGGUCCCAACUAUUACGAUUUGACGUACUACCGUCCUGGUAGAUCUGGACGUGCUUAUUCGUUCGGUGUUCGUCAUUCUCCUUAUGCCCCUCCGAUGAUUGUUAGAUGUGAUAAUAUGUAGAAUUGCAAUAUUAGAAAAUUAUGUAAAGAGACGUUAGGUAGUAAUAAAAAUUAUAUCUGGUGUUUAAUAA